AUGGUGCAAAUCCGCCCAGCCAGGGAGGCUGACCUCACUGAGAUCGUUGAACUCUCCAUGGUGGCCUUUGAUCCCAGCACCGACGCCAUCACCCGCAACCUCUUCCCGCCCCAUCUGCAAACACCCGAGCGGACCGACAGCGAGGCAAUCCGACACUGGAGCAUUGCGCGGAAAUCGGCCAGAUUGCACGCAAAGCGUUCCGUGAUGAUGGUUGCCUUUGACGAUGUCCUAGGCAAUGUUGUGGGGUAUUCGAUGUGGUUCGCCCCUGUUGAAGGGGACGAGGAAGAGCUACCACGACCCAAAAGGACGUUUGCGGGCAUGGACCAGGCUGCAUUUGCCGAACUGCGUGAGAUUAUAAUGGAGGACGAGCGCGAAAUUUUUGGUGAGAAGGGGGCUUCUGACGUAUGGAAUCUUGACUCUCUCGGCGUUCAUCCGCAGCAUCAGAAGAAAGGCAUUGGCAGAAUGCUUCUAGACUGGGGCGUACAGCAAGCAGCAACACAAGGAAGAGAUUGCUACUUGGUUGCGACACCAGCUGGAGUUGCACUCUAUCGAGCGGCUGGGUUCGAUGCUGUGAAGACGGUGGAUAUUUUUGGCACGCCACAUGUGUCAAUGAUGAAGCGCAUUCUGAAGUAG